GGUCCCACUUGCUCCGCGCGCGCAAUGGAGCGCAACUUGAGCGGCGGGCUUGGCAACGAGUCUUCCCGGGCAGCGUCUGGGAACGGCGGGGAAGCGGCGGCGGCGACUUGGGUUUUUGGCGCGGUCCUCUCCGUCAUGUGUGUGGCCGGCGUGACGGGCAACGUGUACACUUUGGCGCUGCUGUGGCGCUCGGGCCGGGGCGCCCGCGGCGCGCCCUUGUCCGGCUCCAUUGCCAGCCUGGCGCUGGCCGACCUGCUCUACCUCUGCUCCAUCCCCUUCAUCGUGGGCACGUCGGUGGCGCAGGACUGGUACUUCGGCGAGCUGGGCUGCCGCUUCCUGCUCAGCCUGGACCUGCUCACCAUGCACGCCAGCAUCUUCACCCUGACCGUCAUGUGCACCGAGCGCUACUUGGCCGUCACCCGGCCCUUGGCCGUGCGCUACCGGGCGCCGCGCUUCCGCAGGCUCACCGCCGGCGCCGUCUGGGGGAUCUCGCUCCUGCUGACCCUGCCCAUGAUGCUGAUGGUCACCCUGAGCCAGAGCGGCGACGGCAAGCAUAUCUGCGCCCCGACCUGGAGCCCCGACGCCUUUCGCCUCUACCUGACGGUUCUUUUCAGCACCAGCAUCCUGGCCCCCGGGCUACUCAUUGGCUGCCUCUACGCCCGCCUGGCCGCCACUUACUUGGAGUCGCAGAAGAACCCGCCGCGCAAGACGGGGCCCAAGCGCUCCCCCCGCCAGAAAGUCCUCAUCCUGGUCUUCACCAUCGUGCUGGUCUUCUGGGCCUGCUUCUUGCCCUUCUGGAUCUGGCAGCUGGUGUCCCUCUACCACGGUCCCCUGGGGCUGCCACUCCACAUCCAGAAGUAUAUUAACUACCUGGUCACCUGUCUGACCUACAGCAAUAGUUGCAUCAACCCCUUCCUUUAUAUCUUGCUGACCAGGAACUAUCGCAAGUAUCUUCGGAACCAGCACAGGAAGUUCUACCGCUUCACCUCUUCCUUUCGCAAAAAGGGCUCCAACUUGCACUGUUCUUGGAGACGGUCAUCCUCUUCGGGCACCCAAUAUGAGUCUGGGACAGAGGGCCUGGGGAUGGCUGUACUGAAGGACUGCAAAUGAACUUCCUCUCCCUCUUUCCUGUUGGGAACAGUUUCUAAAGACCAUCCAGGUGGGCCUGAGCAAGGUGAAGGAGACAUCUUUAAGGUCGUGCUGAUGAACUAUGACAUAGCCAAGUAUUUGAUAGAUCAUAGGCUGGGCUGGUCAAUCCUCAACCUGCAUGUAGCCCAUUACACUGUAUGCCACCAAAGGACUGUCAGCACGUCAUUCAACACCAUCAGACUGCAGGACCCAGGUCAAAUCCAAUGCUUUCAAGAUGUAUUUAUUUAAAAAAACAAUGACUCUCCAACAAUUUAUCACUUGUAGGAACCUGUUCUGAAAAGUGGACGCAGUUUAAAAAUGUCAUCACUCAGACUGCAACAAUGGUAGUAGUGAUACUGAAAACCUGGGUGCACCAAGAUUGGUUUUAAUGAAAACCAUGAGGCCAUUUCAGCAGCCCUCCAGGCUGAAACAAAACCUAUGCAAACUGGCAUUUAUCAUCUGUCUCAAAGAGAAAAAACUUUGAAUAUCUAUAGUCCAAAGUAGAGGAGAAACUGCAAGAAAUGCAGGAUGAGUGGUAGCAGAGAAAGCCUGCUGAGCAGAUGGAAUGCUAUGCAGACAUGCAUGCCACCAGAGAGUUCUUCAGCACCAUAAAAGCAGUUUAUGAUGCUUCUAAAUCAGGAUGUUCCCACUUGCUGUCAUCUCCUGGAGUUGAACUGGGUGGAUGAUCAGGAAGAACUGAGAACUACUGGGCUGAGCACUUUUCCAAACUAUUAAACAGUUGAUCCUGAUGUCUUACAACAGAAGGGUGCCUAAGAUCUGCCUCCUUCUGCUGAUAAGAUCAAGAAAGUGAUUUUACAUAUGAACUCAAAUAAAGCAACAGGGCAGGAUAGAAUUCCUGCUGAAAUCUACAAAGCCCUCAGAUUCUUUAUAGAUAUUCCAGUAUGUGGGUGUAGGAUUAUACACCCGAGCUACAGAUAUUCACCACUAUUGGAUUCCAGUACAUCUUGGCAGAUGUCUGGUUCAUAGACAAGAUGCCUGAAGACUUCUGUGAUGCCUUCAUUGUGGCUUUCUAUAAAACUGAUAGAAGCAAAUCAGACUGUGGAAAGUACAGGGUAUUCCAAUGCUGUCCAUCACAAGCAAGAUUUUUGCCUGCAUUCUCCUCUACAAACUUGUCACUGUCUUGGAAAGGAGCCACUCAGGGAUACAGUGUGGGGCUAGAACAUAGUACAGCAGACAUGGUGUUUACCACGAAACAAAUCCAUCAAAAGUGCAUUGAACAAACAAACUUCUUCAUUCUGUCUUUAUUGACUUGACAAAGGCAUCUGACACUGUAAACAGGAAGGCUCUCUAGAGUCUAGACCAUCCUGAAAUGUUAUGGAUGUUCAAGGAAAUUCAUGAAGUUGAUGGAAUGACUGGACAGAUCUUUUACAAUGGUAAUACAUCAGCUGCAUUUGCCAUUUCCAAUGGGUGAAGCAAGGUUGUGUGUUAGCUACAGUCCUGUUCAAUCUAUUCUUCACUUGCAUAUUAUUACAUGCCAUCCAGGGUCUCUUUGACCUCGUUGCUUGAACACAUAGAUGAAGUGCCUCCAUAAGUCAUUCAAGAAAAUGUUUUUGCUGAUGACUGUGCUCCUAGUGCACAAAGCAAUGGCUGAGAGUUGAUACUGAAUAAAUUCUCAGACACUGCUAUGCCUUUGGCCUAUCUGCCUGAAAAAAAGCUGGUAAUUCUAUCAAACUGUGCCAAAUAACAACCCCAUUGGUAUUUGAACCAAAAAUCACUGUUGAUGAUAUCCAGCUGAUAAAUGUAAGAAGUUUCAAAUACUUGGGAAGCAAAUGAUGGGUCUUUGGAAGAAAAUAUGGACUCCAAAGGCCAACCAUAUUCUGUAGUAGGAUGCUCAAUCAACACAAUAUCCAUAUCUUCACAAAUCUGAAAGUCCACAGAGCUAUGGUUAUCUAUGUUCUAUAUGGAUAUGAAUCCAGGAUUCUGUAUCAAUGACAGAUCAAGCAUCUGGAGAAAUUUGUUGGAAGGCAUGUCUCCAGCCUGGAGGUUUUGGAUCACAGCAUUGAGUUCCUAGUAUCAGAGCCCAGAUAUGAUGGGUGGGAAAUGUCAUUAGAAUAGACAUACCCUGCCAGUUGCUCUCUAGCCUAGUGUAUUGGAGACUGGAAAGAGACCUCAGGGUCAUUACAUAUGUACUACAUGUGCUAUGAAGAAGCUGUGAAGGAAAUCCUAUACAGCUGUCAUAUUCAGCCAAAGAACUAGAAGCUAUGGCUGCUGACACAACUUGCUGGCGAGCCCUGUGUUAUGAAGCCAGCUUUGACUAGACAACCAUUAGUAGUACCACAGAACAAUAUUCAUAGCUAUUACAGUGGACUUCCAGUGUCCGUUGUGCUACAUUCUGCAUUGCCACACUGCAGAACCAUCUCUUGAGUUCCCAGAUGAAUUGUACAACAGUAUGUCUUCUUCAAAUCUGAAGACCUCUCUCUGUCUCUCUCUCUGUCUCUCUCUGUCUCUCUCUGUCUCUCUCUCUCUCUCUCUCAUCUAUCCAUCUUCCAAGUCAAUUUCAUGAUACAUGAAGCAGUCCUUCUUAAAUGAUGUAAUUGGUUUGCUUAUGAGUGCCAUUGUAUAUGGCAAUUCACCAAACUAUGUUGAAAUGGUAUUGGAAAGAAAAUGGGAACAUCUGUGUUUGCUGUCGUGUGUGA